ACUCUAACAGAUCGGGGUUGACCUUCAUCAUAUUAAGUACCUCCCUCUUCCAAUUAUUUGUAGAACCUCUGCACUUUUACUCACAAUUAAUUCUCAUCUGCCAUUCCAUCAGAGAGUAGACAGAUAUGGCAUACUACGAUGAUAUUCAACCUAUUGUUUUUGACAAUGGAUCAGGAGUGUUUAAGGGUGGACUUGUCAGAUAUGACGCUCCGCAUGCUGUGUUUCCCAGCAUCGUGGGGCGCUCUCAACAUGCGGGUAUGAUGGUGGGCAUAACCCGAAAAGAUGCAUAUGUUGGCGAUGAGGCAGACUCUAGAAGUGGCCUUCUAACUCUGAAAUACCCAAUUGAACACGGAGUUGUGAGCAAUUGGGAUGACAUGGAAAAGAUUUGGCACCAUGCCUUUUAUAAUGAACUUCGUGUUUCCCCAGAAGAGCAUCCUCUUCUUCUAACCGAGGUUCCCUUAAACACUAAGAAUAACCGUGAGAAGAUGACUCAAAUCAUGUUUGAGACUUUUAGUACCCCUGCUAUGUAUAUAUCCAACGGUGCUGUUCUCUCAAUGUAUGCAAGUGGACGUAUAAAUGGUAUUGUAUUGGAGUGUGGUGAUGGUGUGACCAGCACUGCUCCUGUUUACGAGGGUUAUGUCCUCCCACAUGCCAUCCAAAGUCUUAAUUUUGGUGGUAGCGAUAUCACUAAAUACUUGAUAGAUAUUUUGGGUGAACGUGGCUAUUCAUUCACCAACUCCUCAGAGUGUAAAAUUGUGAGGGACAUGAAAGAAAAAUUAGCUUACCUUGCCCUUAACUAUGAGCAUGAGCUAGCAACAGCCAAAACUAGUUCUUGUGUUGAUUAUGAGUUGCCAGAUGGGCAUGUAAUCACUAUUGGUGAUGAGAGGUUCAAAUGUCCAGAGGUUUUAUUCCAACCAUCCUUGAUUGGUAUGAAAGUACCUCACACUAAUGAUCCAGCACAUGGUAUUCAUGAGAUAAUAAAUGAAUCCAUAAUGAAAUGUGAUUCUGAAAUUAGGAAAGACUUCUACGGAAACAUUGUCCUCUCCGGGGGAUCAACCAUGUUCCCAGGCAUUGCUGAUCGAUUAACCAAGGAAAUUACUAGUAUAGCCCCUUCAAGCAUUCGCAUCAAAGUGGUUGCACCACCUGAGAGGAAGUACUCUGUUUGGAUUGGUGGUUCUAUCUUGGCAUCACUUAGCACCUUCCAACAGAUGUGGGUUACAAAGGCAGAAUAUGACGAGUCUGGUCCAUCAAUCGUGCAUCAAAAGUGCUUCUAAUUAAGUUGUUCGGAAAAUAAGUGUUGUUAUCCCAUGGGAGGACUAUCUGUAAUAAUAUCUCCGGAACCGCUGCAGCUUGUAACACUUCUGUAGCUUUUAUUAUUUGGUGGAGUGUUUGAUUUGCAAAUUGUGAGGAGUUGUUUAUCGACAUAGUCCAGCUUUUUCAGUAUAUUUGGAUGAAUAUAUAUAGAAAAAGAUGGAUCCAAAAUCAUUUAAUUUGAAAA